UCUAUGACAUCAGUUUUUUAGCUUAGCUGUCGAAUUUUGUUUUGCAAAAGACUUUUUGCAAAAUACAAAGUGUUUGCCGAACUUAUAAAGCUGCCGAAACACGCGCAUCGCAGUGCCCAUCAUAAUGGCAGAUCCGAAAUUCCAAAACCUGCCCGGCAUUGCUUAUGACCAGCCGGAUGUGUAUGAAACUCCCGAUGAUCCGGAGCCUGAAACAUCUGAUUACUACGAAGAGGAACCCGAAAACGAUGCCAUUGAACGUUUGCAUAUAACGCCAGGCGCAGCACACAAACGUUUUAAUAACGCUACGCUGGAAGGCAACGUCGAUUUCACGGAUCGUAUUGGUCGUCGCUCGUGCCGUGGCUACGAUGUACGCGGUGGCGAAUAUGAGCUGGUUGGCGUUGGAGAGAAGGAGACUCCCGUGCAGAAAUGUCAGCGUUUGCAGAUUGAAAUGAACGAGUUGCUGAAUGAAGUCGCCGCAUUGCAAGUGGAUCGCAAAGUAGCGGAUGAGGAGAAGCAAUCUUAUGAUGCUGUGGCCACUGUAAUAAGCACAGCUAAGAGGGUGCUGGAUACGCUGAAAUUGGAGCAGGUGCUUGGCAAAGAGCAAAUGCCCAAUGAUAAGCAAGUAAAAGCGCUUGUUAGUCAAGUGGAGGAGUUCAAGCAAUCUGGAGUGCUCACUGCUUUGCCAACACCUGGAACAGACUUAGCCGCUACAGCACGAGUUGCAAAUCUCGAACAGCGCUUGCAUCAGUUGGAGAAGAUUGUAGGUGCGCAGCCAGAAAAGCUUAGCCGCCUGACAGCGGUUACCAAUACAAGCAAUGUGAUUGAGGCUGUGCGUCAUCUGAGCACAAAAGCUGCGUUGCUACAGCCAGAUAAACUCGAUGCCAUUGAAAAUCGUCUAACUACAUUGGCGGGUAAAAUGGAUGCGAUUGCGGAGAAGUCCAGUGGCAGCACGCAAGAUGCUAAGCGCGACCAAAAGAUAUCAGAACUCUAUGACAUAGCCAAGCGUACAGAACCAGUUGUUGAAAUACUACCCCAUGUCAUAGAGCGUAUGCAAGCACUCGAAUCUCUGCAUAAAUACGCUAACAACUUUGCAAAGAUUAUUGCAGAAAUUGAGCAAAAACAGGGCACCAUAACCACCAGUCUGGUCAACAACAAGGAGUUACUUCAUUCCGUUCAAGAGACUUUUGCUCAGAAUCUGGAAACUAUUAACAGCAAAGUUGCUAAGGUUGAAAAACGUGUGACGGCCAUUUCAGGCGCUAAAUAGUCUGCUUUCCUACAAAAAUAUUAGUAAUUGCAACAAUUAUAAAAGAAAGUAUUUAUUAUAAUCAAUAAAAACAAGCA